AUGACAAAGCCAAGCGGGAGCCGUGAAGGGCAGCAGGUUCCAGAGGGGCAGAGCAAGGAGGAGUUGGGCUCCGGGCGCAUCCCAGCUCCAGGAGCUUCCUCCUCAUCCGUGGUGCUUCUGGGAGGUUCUUCCCUCCCAGGCAGGGAGCAGGAGCCCCCCCAGCCUCUCCAAGGCCCCGGGGGCAGCAGGGCAGCUCGGUGCCCACGGCCCCGGGGGCAGCGGGGCAGCUCGGUGCCCGCGGGCCGGGGGCAGCGGGGCAGCUCGGUGCCCGCGGGCCGGGGGCAGCGGGGCAGCUCGGUGCCCACAGUGCCGGGGGCAGCAGGGCAGCUCGGUGCCCACAGCCCCGGGGGCAGCGGGGCAGCUCGGUGCCCACAGCCCCGGGGGCAGCAGGGCAGCUCGGUGCCCGCGGCGCCGGGGGCAGCGGGGCAGCUCGGUGCCCGCGGGCCGGGGGCAGCAGGGCAGCUCGGUGCCCACAGCCCCGGGGGCAGCGGGGCAGCUCGGUGCCCGCGGCGCCGGGGGCAGCGGGGCAGCUCGGUGCCCACAGUGCCGGGGGCAGCGGGGCAGCUCGCCCCGGGGGCAGCAGGGCAGCUCGGUGCCCGCGGCUCGGGAGGGCAGGGGAUCCACGGCUGGAAUCCCCAGCAGGAGCCUCUGCAGGGCUCCAGGGCUGCACGCCCUGCACGGGGCUGCUCUGAGCUCAGGCCCUCUGGCUCGUUCUCCAAACACAGCCUGGGGGAGCCCCUAAAGCCCUGCACCCCAAGGGCUGGACCUGGAGGGAACACCAACACCUCAGGUGGAACACCAACAUCUGAGGUGGGAACACCAACAUCUGAGGUGGAAUCACCAACGUCUGAGGUGGGAACACCAACACCUCAGGUGGAAUCACCAACGUCUGAGGUGGGAACACCAACGUCUGAGGUGGGAACACCAACACCUCAGGUGGAAUCACCAACACCUCAGGUGGAAUCACCAACAUCUGAGGUGGGAACACCAACAUCUGAGGUGGGAACACCAACACCUCAGGUGGAAUCACCAACGUCUGAGGUGGGAACACCAACGUCUGAGGUGGGAACACCAACACCUCAGGUGGAAUCACCAACACCUCAGGUGGAAUCACCAACAUCUGAGGUGGAAUCACCAACAUCUGAGGUGGCAACACCAACACCUCAGGAGGGAACACCAACAUCUGAGGUGGCAACACCAACACCUCAGGUGGGAACCUCGAGCCGACACCAAAUCCUUCUCUUUUUUCUACCCUUUGUUUGGAUUUUGGGGUUUUUUUGCUGAUUCCCUCCCU